AUGGUUCUCCGCGGCUCGCUAGAGGGCGUGUGGUCCACUGGAGGACUCCCUACAUUCUUCCUCCAUUACCUCACUGCCUCCGGUGGAUGCUGGGAUACCGGAGGACUCGGGUCCCGGGUCGACUCAGUCCUCCAGCCGCCCGGGGAAUACCUCUAGUUCUUCCCGGCUGCCGCCGCCGCCCGGCCGCUUCCUCCUCCGCUUUCCCGCCGGCCUCCUUCGCCCCGCCCGGCCAGCGCCGCGCGUCCGGCCCGCCUGCGGGCCCGCUUCUCUCGGAGCCCCCACCCAGGCGCAUGGCUCCAUGAAGCAAAAGGAGAAGGCAGAGCGCGAGAAGUCCCGUCCGUCCCGGCCGCGUCUGGGCCAGGAGAAAAGGUACAAGAAGAAGGAAUGGAACUGGAAGGAAGAAAACCCAUUCCAGAAACAAAAUAGCUUCUGUCCUCUGUUGUAGCAGUUCCUCUGGCAAUACAGCUUUCUGCUUUCAGGUUCUGCAGUAUUCCAGACCACGAGCACCAAAUCAGGAUGGGAAAAAGACGUUGUGUUCCUCCACUCGAGCCCAAGUUGGCAGCAGGCUGUUGUGGGGUCAAGAAGCCCAAGUUAUCUGGAAGUGGAACACACAGUCACGGGAACCAGUCCACAACUGUCCCCUGCUCCAGUUCAGGACCUCUUCAAAACCACCAGCAUGUGGACAGCAGCAGUGGACGGGAGAAUGUGUCGGACUUGACCCUGGGACCUGGAAACUCUCCUAUCACACGGAUGAAUCCCGCAUCGGGAGCGCUGAGCCCUCUCCCUCGGCCCAAUGGACCUGCCAACACCACUAAGAACCUGGUGGUGACUGCAGAGAUGUGCUGCUACUGCUUCGAUGUGCUCUACUGUCACCUCUAUGGCUUCCCGCAGCCACGACUUCCUAGGUUCACCAAUGACCCCUAUCCACUCUUUGUGACCUGGAAGACAGGGCGGGACAAGCGGCUUCGUGGCUGCAUUGGGACCUUCUCAGCCAUGAAUCUUCAUUCAGGACUCAGGGAAUACACGUUAACCAGCGCACUUAAGGACAGCCGAUUUCCCCUGACCCGAGAGGAGCUGCCUAAACUUUUCUGCUCUGUCUCCCUCCUUACUAACUUUGAGGAUGCCAGUGAUUACCUGGACUGGGAGGUAGGGGUCCAUGGGAUUCGUAUUGAAUUCAUCAAUGAAAAAGGUGUCAAACGCACAGCCACAUAUUUACCUGAGGUUGCUAAGGAACAAGAUUGGGAUCAGAUCCAAACAAUAGACUCCCUGCUCAGGAAAGGUGGCUUUAAGGCUCCAAUUACCAGUGAAUUCAGAAAAUCAAUCAAACUCACCAGGUACCGAAGUGAGAAAGUGACAAUCAGUUAUGCAGAGUAUAUUGCUUCUCGACAGCACUGUUUCCAGAAUGGCACUCUUCAUACCCCGCCCCUCUACAAUCAUUACUCCUGACACACGGCUGCAUGACCAGUCCCACCCCCCUGUGGCCACCAAUGGCUAUGACAUCAUUGGAGCAGAUGCCUCCUCUUCCUGGUCCAGUUACUUCUAUUACUGCACCAUUUUAUGAUGCUAGCUUCCGUUGCCAAGUCUGCCUCCCGCUGACUGAGGGGGGUGUGGGGUUACAUUGAAUGAAACAGAACUUGAGGGGCCCAAGCCUUAUCUCAGCCUUUCCUCAAUAUGGGGUUCCAUUGGAUUGGGGCUUUCUCCAUGACCAGUGAGAAUUACUGUGUGGGUUUAGAAGACCCUUGUUUGGUGACUUGCUGUGUGUGUGGUGGCCACACUCUGGAAGCUGGAAUUGAUGGUGCAUGAAGGUGUGCCCACACACAUGCCCACGGCCUCCCCAUCAAGUAGGUGUAUCCCCCUGGCAGUCUGGGCAACGGAGUCCAACAAGAAACAUUUUUAGGUUGUUUUAAAUUCCUUUUUUUAAACUUCCAGUUUAUUGCGUACCAAGAGUUGAUUACAACCUACAUGCUUCAUAAGUGGACGCCAUGUUAGGGUUGGACGUGGGCACCAUGAGCCCUUCAAGGCUCCUGGACAGAGACCCACAUGCAGAUCGGAAGCCCUUCAGAUGGCGUUGCAGAUCCCAUUGCUCAGUAAGCCUCGAAGGUUUUAAUUGCUCACCCUACCUGAGCUGAAUUUUCUGGCACUCUUCCUGCACUGAGUCUCCUGGUGUUGGACAGAGCUCUGUGGUGUAGCCUGUUGAGGAAUGGAAUGGAGAUGCCCACAGGAGGUCCUGGUGUCAUCGCUGCGAGCAGGUGUGAAAGGAGAGAACUCUUCCUCACCACCCGGCUACCUCACCCCAAUUCUGGUAGCAGUGCCUAUGUAGCUGGAUCUUGGUUCUUCAGAAGCAUAAGAUGGGCAAACAGGUGUUUGGGUUGGGUUUUAGGAGGACACAUUGUAACAGGAGAGAAUCUAGGGUCUCAAAGCUGGCUUUGUUUUCAAGCAAACAUCCUAAGAGACCUUUAAGCAACGGAGUUCCUUUUUCUAGUUUGCCUAUAGAAGUGGGACAACAGUUGAUAUUUCAGUCCUUACUAGGACUCUAGAACAAAGCUGUGUGAUUAAAUAAGGUGAAUCUUUAUCUUGCCAACCAUGCUGGGAAUAUUCAUCAGGGCAAAUUUCCAAAUUGCUCAUGUUUCUCUGAGUCAUUGAAACUUUCAUGUGAUAUUUUCCUUUCCCAUUGUUGCUGAUUUCCAAAUAGCCAUCAGCAAGUUUUCUGCUCUCGUCUGUUCUUCACUUGUUUGGUGGUAAAAUUUAUAGAGCCAGGGGACUUGGGAAAUGCUCUGAAAGUACUGUCACAAAGGCACUGCUAAAGUGAUUCACAGGAAGAGGUGGCCAGCUGGAAGAAAGGAUCCUGAGGAUGAUACACUGGUUUUCCACAACAUGCUUAGAGAACUGUUGAGAUGGAUUGGGUAUCAAUCCAGUGAACAUAUGUCUUGAUUUAAUUUAUUUUUUAGAGUUUAUGUGGUGAUGGUGUGGCUUUCCAAAAUGGGUAAAUACUUGUCAAAAGAUCUUUUGAGUUUUAUUCUGCCAGGAAUGGAGGAGUGGGAGCACGGGCACCAUCUAAGAAGGGACACUCAUGCUAUUCUAGGCAUUGCCUUCAAGUUCCUAGGAAGGAAUAGGGUGUGUGAGAGGAGCAGCUUGUGCUGCUGGUGAGGACUUGAGAUGGAUGGGGGAGAUGUGGGUGGGUGUCAGAGUGCCCAGGCUGUGCCCCGUCACUGCCUGGCUGGGUUCCUUUGGCCUGCCAUGCACCCCUGGCAACAUAGGUGAAGAUGUCUCAUGGCUUCCUGCUGCUGAGGAUAAUAAAUGUGUUACAGACAGAUGUGACAUGACAGCAGGUACUCUCAGGUGCCAUGGAUUGAUGUCAGGGUGGUCAGCUCUGGGCUGAGCCACCCAUCUCCAGUUUGUGCAACAGUAUUGACACAUAGGGCUACACUUACUGUUCAAGUGUUCUAUGUUAAAAGUUGUGUUUAAUUUCUAAAGAUUAAAAAAAGCAAAAAAAAUGGUGCUAAACUUCACCCCUGAGCACGCUCAGUGAGACUGGUCAUGCAAGCAUUUACAGUGCCAUGCUCCUCAAGCCUAUUUUUCUUGUAGAGACGUUGCCCUAUUUGUCUUCCCCAAUGUAUAGUUCGUAUUUUAUUUUAUCAAGGGUGGGGUAGGAUACCUGCCAUUUAAGAAAAUGAACAGAAAAUUUUAAACCCAAGAAAUGGGGAAAAAAAAAAAAACAGUGCACAAGAAUCGGGCUGGUGAAGCCCAGCACCACACUGAAGUAGGCUCAGUGGUUUUGGAGUGAAGAAGCCUUACUCCCUGCACAUUCCCUCAUCCUCCCACACAAGUCCAGCCAUGGAGAUGAUCGGGUUCCUUUUGCCUUGUCAAGGGGACUCAGGAGUCAGCCAAGGGAAACUGUUUGGCCCCGGGAAGAAUGGGCACUAUCGCUGUCUCUUCUGACCAGGGCCAAGUUAGGAAGCAGUCUAGAGGUGUACAGACAUGGCCGCCUCAAGGAAACGCGUGGCAGGUGGCUCUCAGGAAAAAUACCGGGUGGCUCAUCCAUGUGGCAGCUUUGCAUAGGGAGGUAACAGCUCUGAACUGGAACUGAACUGCCUCCCACACGCUUGACCAAAGCAGUGAUGAGGGUGGCUGAUCCAUGCUGAAUGAGUGGUGGGUAGAGGAAAGGGAUUGUUUUCUGCCCAGUGUUUCCUUUGUCCUUGGACCACUCGAGCUGAACAGUAGGUAACCACUGUUGUCAAGGAACCAGUUCAACUUUGCUGGCUUGGUUUGGAGUUUGUUUCAUCCCUAGCUGUGAGUGCCUUUUGGUCUGGAAAGUUGGCUUGUCUCAUCAUACCCACAGCUAGGACAUUCUCUCUGUAAUUAUGAAUUGUCCUUGUUUUACAUGAAGUAAAACAGAAUGUCAUUGAUCACUAGAGUUUGUCAGUGUUGGGUUGUUUCCACUGUGAGGUUCUUAAACUUUUUUCUUCAUAAUAUUAAAACAACUCAUGUUAGGGACCCUUUCCACAUGAAAGGUUUGCAGUUGAGACAUUAUAUAUAUUUCACUGUUUAUAAUAAAAAUCAUCUAGACGAAGUCCUGGGUGUUAAUUUUAAUAUUUCGCACAAGAUCUGUUUUCCAUGAUACGUUAACAUCUACAAUUUCACUAACUGUUGCUGUUAUUUUCUAUUAAGAUUUCUGAAGCCUAGGGAGCUACAUGUUCUUUUGUUUAUUUACAUUCUUAUUUCCCUGAAGCAAGAGACUCUAUGGCCUUUAGUGCAAAGACUUCAGACCAAUUCUUUAUAUUACACUUGGUUGCCUCUUGGCUAUAUAACUUCUGAGUGCAAAUCAUUGAACUCUUUAACGAAGUAUUGUAGAGAAUAAAUCAUAAUGG